GACGUUGGUGUCAAUCCGAGAGAGAGUGGCGGUCAAGGCUGCCAUUUGCUCGGCGAGAGAAGGAUUGGUCGAAGUGGUGGCGGUUGAGGCACUGGCUCUCGGUUGGCGGCGUGGACGAGGCUGUCGAAACGGAGUCUCGUCGGUGCCCGAGUGAAAAGAAGAUUCAUCAAUCUCCCAAUGCUUUGUCCCCUUUAUCUUUGGCCCAACAUCGGUUUUGAUGUUAUACUCUACAAGAAUCGCCAUGACGAGGAGGGCGUAGGGGAGCGGCCGGUUGUCGAAGGUGGCGUUGAACAUGUGGCUCAUCACAAAUUUACACCAAUUGAUAUUGGUGUUGUGAAUCAUCGCAUGGAUCGUCUUCGUGUCUUCUUGGGAGAGAGUGGUGUGGUUGAACUUCCUGGGCUUGAGGAUCCGUGUCAAAACAUAAAAAAUGAAUCGAAACAUGGGACUCAUGGAAGCAAUCGUAGGGCGCCGCUGUUGGGGAGUGGGGACGAAGUGUCGGAUGCCCACUUUCUCCAAGAGGGCGGUCUCAUUGAACCACACUCCUUCUUCUCCGACGUAGAGCCCAAGAUCCUGUCCGUCCCGACGAAGCCUUGUGAGAAUUUGAAUGUUUUCCUCAUUCAAAUAGAUGUCCACCCCGUUGACGUUAGAGAUCAACGCUCCGUCCUCAUCCUUUUUCAAGUUCGAGUAGAAAGCUCGAACAAGAAAGGGGUGAUAAUUGACCUUCUUGAUGUAGAGGAGGUCGAGGAUAAUCCGUGCCUCACGUGGAAUGGAGUCAUGAAUGAAGCGGGCGGUGGAGAAUCAGGGAGGGAGAAUCUCCCGGUGCUCAAAUUUCUCCGAGAACCGUGUCGCCUCUACGUGGUCGUUGAACCAAUGGAACGACCCGUCGAGGUAUUGGUGCGCCGGUGGUGGAGGAGCCGAGGAAGAAGCCACGUUCUUGUCGGUGCGGGAUCUUUUUCUUUGACCUCCUGCCAUAUCAACAAAGAGUAGGGGGCAGAGCAAGAGAAAAUUGCAGAAAUUUGGAAAGAAAAUGAAGAAUAGGAGCAAGAAUGAUGAAUUAUGAUGAAUAUAUGGAGAAAGUAUGAUUUGAGUGAGUAUAAAAUGAAUAGAGAUCACCAAU